AUGGCGACCGACGUCUACCAGCAGGCUAAUGACCUCGACGGUCUCUUCGACGAUGUCGACGAUGAGAUGGCCGAUUCAACAGCCAAUACCCCCUUUGACCAGAGUUUCAACGUGCCAGGGGAUACAAAUGAUGAACUCAGUGCGCUGUUGAAUGAAGGCGGUGGCGAGGGCUUCAACUUGGAUGAGUUGAAUGAAAGAGAACUGGAGCAGGGUGAGAAGGCAGAGGAUGCGGUUGAUUACGAAGACAUUGGCGACGAUGAUUCGUUACCUGAGGAAGAGCCGAUGCAACUUGAGAUAACAACGGACAUGCUACCCGGGAUCGAAGAAAACGCUUUGGAUGGCCUCGAUGAUGACGACCUCUUCGGCCCUUCCAGUCCCAUACUAGUCAAUGCCCCGCCGCCGGUCACUACUCCUUUGAAGUCAGACGAGAAACCUGCGAAGGAUGCCGAUCAAGAGUCUGACCUUGCCUCCGAGCAUGGCGACGAAACAACGCAAGACCUAUCUAUGCUCGAGGCCGAGCUGGAUGAGGUUGAAGAUGCAGAGUAUCGUAUACAGCUGGCACUUUUCGCGCAAUCUGGGAAAGGCUACAUUCCUAAAACGGAGCAGGAGAACAUCGAAGAAUGGUUGAAGGUCGAGUUCCCGAAGUUCAAGCGUGACGAGGCACCAUAUUUCAAUGAGCUCUUCCCUCCCCGACCGCACAAAUGGCAGGGGAAAACACCGUUGAAGCCUCCGAAGCAAGUCCGCCCGACCAAAGUCAACUUGGAAAUCGAGCAAGACCAAAGAGUAGCAUUCAAUUCAGUGGUCCCGAUCAACACGCAAGAGGUUGGCGCUGAUUUUGUGAAGAUUCGAGAAACUGCAGUACUUGCAGAGGUUGCAGAGUCUUCAGAAGAAUCCGAUGCUGAGGAGCCUCUCCCUGGCGGUCUCACGAUGCGUGACCUGGAAUUCAUGUGCACUGACUUCGAUACAUUGUCGCACCUGGCACCUUCGGAUGAGGAGUUCGUUGAGAUCAACCCCCGAAUCGUUGACAGCGACGAAGAGAUGUUCGGUUUCGAUGAGCUACAUGAUGUAGAGAAGCCCCGCAAGAAGCGCCGCCUUGGUUUGGAUCCUCAGGAUAUUGUCAAAAUCCGCGAGCUCGACGUACCCUUCAUGGACGAUCCCGAGAGGAUGACUGCAAGACUUGCCACCAAGGUCGUACUGGACUUGAACGACACCGAUCUACUGGUUGAAGAGGUCGAUCCAGAGGCUGUCAGAGCAAAGAUACGUCCUGGCGAGAAGCGAUCUGCUGUCAAGACGCUCAAGGAACGCCUCCAACAUCGCUUCAAAACUUCGAAUGAUGCUGAAUAUGACCUUCUUAAGCAGAACCACAGGCACAAAGUCCGAGGCCAACUCACCAAUUUGACCAUCGAGCAUUCACUGCCUGCUAUCCGUUUGCAAUACCCAUACUAUCAGGUCCAGUUGUCCCUCCAGGAGUUGCGUAACUUCCACCGAAAGCGAAUGCACUUCAGACACCCUAUCGUGUUUCGGCAACCUGCAAAGGUCAAGAGAAAGCAUCAAAAGCACCGACCCGCGUUGGAGCUGUAUCCCACCACGAAAGAAAUUUCGAUGGCCGAUAAUUCUUCGAUACUUCUCCUCGAAUAUUCCGAAGAACAUCCGCUGAUGCUUUCCCAGACAGGCAUGGGUAACAAGAUCAUCAACUACUAUCGCAAGAAAAGCAAUGAGGACAAUUUUAGACCCAAAUAUGACAUUGGUGAGACCUCGCUGUUGCUGCCGGAGGACAAAUCUCCCUUCUAUAUCUUCGGUCAAAUCGAUUCGGGCGAAACUAUGACAGCCCUUUACAACUCUAUGUACAGAGCUCCUAUCUUCUCCCAAGAUGUCAAUUCCCACGAUUUCUUGGUCAUCCGAGAGACGACGGGAGUGCACGGGCAAAGUCACUACUUGAGGAACCUCGAAAACGUCUUCGUGGUUGGACAGGAACUGCCUUCGGUUACCGUCCCAGGAACACAUUCACGCAUGGUCACAACUGCGUCCAAGAACCGUCUGAAAGCCAUAUCAUAUCGCAUCGCUCGCAAAAAGAGAACCAACCGCAUCCAUGUCGAAGAUAUUACGAGGCAUUUUCCUGGUACGACGGACAUGCAGAACCGACAGAAGAUGAAAGAGUUCAUGGUUUUCAACAAAGAACACAAGGAAUGGGAAAUGAGGCCGGGUGACAUGGUCCCCAGCGAAGAGCAAAUCCAAAAGUUGAUUCGGCCGGAAGAUAUCUGUUUAUUGGAGUCAAUGCAAGUCGGUGCACAGUAUCUUCAGGACGCUGGGUAUGCGGACAAUGAUGAGGAAGAUGACACAAAAGAGAAUGAGGCCGAUAGUAUCGAACAGCAACUUGCGCCGUGGAGAACCACCAAGAAUUUCCUGCAGGCCGCCCAAGGCAAGGCUAUGCUCAAGUUGUACGGUGAGGGUGAUCCAUCAGGCCGCGGCGAGGCAUUUUCGUUCGUCAAGACAAGUAUGAAGGGUGGAUUUCGACCGAUUGGUGGUUCUGCCAUGGAUGCAAUUGCUCUGAAAAAAGAACUCGGUGGUCACAGCUACAAUGUCGCCCGACAGCAAAAAUCCUACGAAGAAUCCAUUCGUGGUAUCUGGGACAAGCAGAAGGCUAGUCUCGGGUCGAAGAUUGAACCUUCGGAUCUCGACAUGGAAGGGGACGUGGACGCACAAGAAGAUAAAUACCCGGACAGUCGAUCGAACAUUCGAGCAACGCCAAUGUCUGGAACACAGACACCUUCGAUUUCGAGGCGUCGGGAUGACGAGACGGCCACCUCAUUCAGUAGACGCAGUGUCGGCAGUCAGACUCAGAAAGCGUUACGGAUCGUGCGCCGAAUCAAGACCAAAGACGGUGAAAUCAUCGAGCAAGAGCACAUUGAAACUGACCCGGCGGUGAUCAAACGAUAUAUGAAGAUCAAGGAAGCGGAAGAGAUGCAGACUACAAGUCUCAGUGAACUCGAACCCACCGGUGAUCCAGAGCAGGAUGCGCGGCGGAAGAAACGACUCGAAGAGGCUCUCGCGCAACUCGAAAAGAACAAGGCUCGCAGGCAGAAGCGCAACAAGAACAAAGAAGCCCUCCAAGCCGCUACCUCUCCCGGCGGUACAGCCAUGUCUCCGGACGGGGAGGGAGCUGGCGGCGGCAGCAGGAAUGCGCAGCCCACGCAGAGGAAGUGUGCAAACUGUGGCCAGGUGGGCCACAUCAAGACCAACAAAAAGUCAGUCACCAACGCUAAGUGUAAACAUUGCAAUCUCCCCAUUGAUCGCAAGGUUGAUUCGCUGUGGAUGAGUGCACCGAACUUCUCGGGUUGA